AUGGGAGACGACCAUGAUAAGUUGCUACCCGUAGCAAACGUAGGCCGGAUCAUGAAACUGAUCCUCCCACCAACAGCCAAGAUCUCCAAAGAAGCCAAAGAAACUGUACAAGAAUGUGCAUCGGAGUUCUUAAGUUUUGUUACUGGGGAGGCGUCUGACAAGUGUCAAAAGGAAAACCGCAAGACAGUGAAUGGAGACGACAUCUGUUGGGCUCUUGGAUCGUUGGGGUUUGAUGAAUAUUCCCAGGCUAUUGUCCGUUACUUGCAUAAAUAUAGGGAGUCUGAAAAAGAAAGAGCUGCUGCCUCCUUCUCAUCAUCUGCAACAUUAGUAUCAAAUCAUAUUAUAUCACCAUCAGAGUUAACAUCACAUGUGGAGAAAGGCGAAAGUUCUCAUCGAAAUCGUUUGUAA